UCGUGGUCAGGCAGCGGCAGCGUGAGAUAAAUAUCAAGAAAAUGUUUCCCCGAGCCUCAGUAUUGGCCGCGCUGCUGGCCUGUGUGGUGGUCGUUGUCGCUGCGUCCAACCCUCGCCUCCGAGGCUUGGAAGAAAUAGAAGAAGCUGAACUGGAUGCCAUCUUAAACGACGAGUUGGAGUUGAAAUUCUACACAGACUGCGUGUUGGACAAAGGAAGCUGUGACAGGAGCGGCCGAGCUAUCAAAGAGACGCUCGCGGACAUGCGGUUCACGAAGGAUAUCUGCAAGAACUGCAGCGAACUCCAGCGCCGCCGCGCCAUCAAGAUCCUUAAGACUCUGCAGAGCAAACCUGUCUACGACGAGAUCCUACGCUACUACAAACUCAUCCUCUGAUCCUGCACCAGAUCCUGCGCUACUACAAACUCAUCCUCUGAUCCUGCACCAGAUCCUGCGCUGCUACAAACUCAUCCUCUGAUCCUGCACCAGAUCCUGCAGCUCCACCUCCUCUUCUUGUCGUGUCUUUUUUUCGCGCCUUCACAAAUAUAUGUGUGAUUUUUAGGUAAUUUGUAAAUAAAUGAGAAAUUAUUAGUAAAUAAUAACUUCGA